CAGACGCGCUAGCAUUCGUUGGUGACUUGUUUUCGUUUUGGCGUCUCUCCUCUCUCACUCGACCCCUCGAUUCCCGAUUGCCGUCUCGCUGAUUUCCGGCGAGAUUCUCCGAGCGAUGAAGAAAAAAAUUGAUGUCUUCGAUUUCAACGAAGAGGACGAGCUCGCCGAGUCCGCUUCUGGAAAGCUAUUGGAAAAAUUCGCAAACCCUAGCUCGUCCAUUUCUCCGGCUCUACAAUGCCGACGCAUCCAAAGCUCUUGCCAGGAGGAAUCUGCUCUUAAAGAAGUUGAAGGCGCGAGCUGUGCAGAGGCUGCUACUGAUGUAGUCGAUCGUCAUUGUGAAGAUGCUCCUGCUUUAGCAACAGAACCUGAUGAUCCAACCAGAGACCAUUUGACCGAAAAAGAUGUAGAUCAUGGAUUGGUGUUUGGUUUGAAUACCGAAGACCGUGGAAAAGAAGCAGAUGUAGAGGACGAUAAUCAGAGAUUGAUGUUUGGUUUGAAUACUGAAGACCGUGAAAAAGAAGCAGAUGUAGAACACGAUAAUCAGGGAUUGAUGUUUGGUUUGGAUACUGAAGACCUCAUGAAAGAAACAGAUGAAGAUCAUGGACUGGAAAGUUUUUCUUGUCAGCCAAGCGCAAAGAGUUUCUACGCCGAAACUUCGUCUUAUAGUCAACCCCAGCUUAACUCACCAUUUUCGGAUUCCUCAUCCAGUGAGGAUCGAAAUGAUAUGAUGUCAGCUAUUGAUGAAAGCUUGAGUGAUCAAUCCGCGUUGAGUGAAGCUUCUGAUUCAGAAGGUGAUGAAGAUUGGAUGGCUGAACACUGCUUCGAUGGCAUGGAAAAGAUCGACAGAAACACGGCUGUUAUCAUGAUUCCAGAGUAUGUUGUGCUUAAGGAUAUGCCUUGUACUGCGUCUCUGGUAAUCUUUUCGUGCAAUGGAAUCAAAAUAAAGAGCUACCCUGAUAAUAGUGAAGAAGGGCCAUUCUGUUGUGAAUUUGGAGUUGAAGACAUAGUUAGUAUUCAAUACAAUUGGUACCAAAAUGUUGGAGUGAUUAUUCUCAGAAUUCGAGUUUUAUUAAAGGAUGAAAAAUGCCAUGAAGAUAGGCAACACUCCACCGACAUUGAGGAGUUAAAGUUUGCAGUUAAAGAUCACAAUUGGCCUGAGAAGCAACAACAAAUUAACUCGCUGCAUGUGAAAUACCCGGCUGUAUGGAGUGCUGACCUCGAUGAGGACGUGGAAGUAUCAGGGGACAACUUGCAUCAACGGAAGCGUUAUUUUCCACGCUUUGAUGAACCAUUUGAGGAUGUUGUCUAUCCAAAGGGAGAUCCAGAUGCUGUUUCCGUUUGCAAAAGAGAUGUUGAGCUCUUGCAGCCAGAGACAUUUGUGAAUGACACAAUCAUUGACUUCUAUAUUAAUUAUUUGAAGAAUCAGAUUCAAGCGGAGGAGAGACAGAGAUUCCAUUUCUUUAACAGCUUUUUCUUCCGUAAACUUGCUGAUCUCGACAAAGAUCCAUCGAGUAUAGCCGAUGGAAAGGCUGCUUUUUUACGUGUCCGGAAGUGGACAAGGAAGGUGGACAUGUUUGGGAAGGACUACAUUUUUGUACCGGUGAAUUUCAGUCUUCACUGGAGUUUGAUAAUCAUAUGUCAUCCUGGUGAAGUGGCUAAUUGUACAGAUCUAGACUUGGAUGACUCCCCAAAAGUUCCAUGUAUUUUACAUAUGGAUUCUAUAAAAGGGAGCCACGCAGGGCUUAAGAAUCUAGUCCAAAGUUACUUGUGCGAGGAGUGGAAGGAAAGGCAUAAGGAGACAUCGGAUGAUAUUUCUUCCAGAUUCAUGAAUUUGCGGUUUGUCUCCCUUGAGUUGCCACAGCAGGAGAACUCAUUCGACUGUGGCCUCUUUCUACUGCACUAUUUGGAGCUAUUUCUUGCUGAAGCUCCCCAGAAUUUCAGUCCUUUCAAGAUAUACAAUGCUUCCAACUUUCUUUAUCUAAACUGGUUCCCUCCCGCGGAAGCCUCACUGAAGCGUACUCUGAUCGAGAAGUUAAUUUUUGAACUCCUUGAAAACCGUUCACGGGAAGUGAUUAAUGAACAGGACCAGUCCUGCGAAAGUCCAGUGCCCGUCAAUAACAAUACGGGCAUCGAGGUUCUCUCUGGGAGAUGCACCCCCUUGAUAGACUUUAACGGGAAUAUGACGCAGACGCAAGAAGAACAAGGAAUUGAAAUGACUCUGCUUGAAAGAUCUUCCAUGAGGGACAUGCAAGCUGUUAAUGAUUCCGGUAUGGUUCUAAGGGAUUUAUUCGAUGCAGGAGCCAACAACACAGGAUCAUUACUUGGACAACUACAACAAACACUCGAGGAACCAUCUUCGUUUUAUCAUCUUAGUAACAACUCAUUGGCAACAGAGGUACUAAAUAAUUAUCAAGUAGAGAUGGAAAGUGGUGAACAGUUUAUGUGUCUGAACUCUGGAGAGGGCGCCAACUUUCAACGAAUCACUGGAACUGCAUCUCCGAGAGCAUCUGCCUUCUCUUCAUUGAACCUAAGUAUGAUGCCGGUGCAGAAGGAAGGUGUGGCUGAUUCCUUAUCUAAUGAUUCAGAAGAUAUUGGUAUCAUAGAAGACAUCCCAAUGGAAAAUAUUAAUGAAGGAGAAACCGGUGAGAGUCCAUCAAGAGAGACGGUCUCUUUAUUUUCUGCAACCCUGGGUGCUAUCACUGACCACAACACUGAGAAUGAAGAACUCCCAUCUACUCCAGCCGAGCCUGUGGUUGCAUCGAGUCAAGAUGGCAGAGAGGAGGAGAAGCAAUUGGAGAAUGAUGUUGGAAUUGAGGAGAAGACGAGUGAAGAUCUUAAAAUGGGAGACAAGACGAGUUGUGAUCUUGGAAUUGAGGACAAGACGAGUGAAGAUCUUGUAAUUGAGGAUAAGACGGGUGAAGAUCUUGUAAUUAAGGACAAGACGAAUGAAGCUCCUGGGAUUGGAGACAAGACGAGUGAAGCUCUUGGAAUUGAGGACAAGAAUAAUGAAGAUCCUGCAAUUGAGGACAAGACGAGUGAAGUUCCUGGGAUUGUGGACAAGAUCAGUAAAGAUCUUGGAAUUGAGGAGAAGACGAGCGAAGAUGUUGGGGAUGGUUACGAUCAAAAAGAGAAGGAGCCAAUGGAAGAAGAAGAAGAGAAGCGAGCUGCAAAACGGCCAAGGCUGUCUUCCACAGGAGAACUCGAGGAGAUGGAGAUAAAUUGAUAACUUUGUCUUCGGUCUUUGAGUAGCUAGAAGGGUUAAUAUCAACCAACACGUUGUAGGAAAUGUUUAUAGCGAUGUAGGACUCUUUUCUUUAAAAGAACUGAAAAAUAUAUUUCAUCAGUA